AUGUCGUGGCUCUGGAAGGGAGAUGCAAACUCUCCAGCCUCGUUCGAGAAGGCGCUUUCGAAACUUGCAUCCCAGAUCUCCGCCGCCAACGUCGCGCUCGACACCAGUCGGAGUCGCGGCCGGCGAGUCAAAGCCCUCUGGACGCUCUACACCACGCUCACGUAUCUCCUAUACACCCUUAUUGUGGUCCUUGUCCUGGGGCCCCAGAACUGGACCCUGUAUCACUAUGCCGGUCUCGGCGGCGCGCCGGUCCUCAUCUAUGGGGUCCGAAGGCUCAUCACCGCGUUCUUCGACUGGAGGGCCGGCCGUCAACAAGCAUAUUUAGAACACCUACAGAAGCAAAGAGAGCAGAAGAUUGCCGAUCUCAAAAAGGCGACGAAGUACGAUAGCACGGAGGAGCUGCUGCGGAAAUAUGGCGGCGCUCCACCCAGCAAGACACCAUCGAGACAGCCACAACAGGGCACGAAGCGGAAGGUCAAUACACCCUCUGACCCGCCGCCUCAGCAAAGGACUGGAAUUGCCCCUCCUCCGACAGCCAAUAUUCCGGGCAGGAAUGUUCCAACUCCACCUCCCCAGAAACCUAACGUAGAGACCACCCGACCUUCUUCGUCUCCAACCCAUAGCAAAUCUCCCGUUAUGGUAGACGCGAUGGCAACCAGUCCCACACAUAUCACUCCCGACUCGCCGGGAUUUGCGCCAAAUGCAUUUUCCGACAUCUUACCUCAGACAAGCACAACCUAUCAACACACGCCUCAUUGGUACGAUCGGAUCCUCGACGUACUGCUUGGUGAGGAUGAGACCGCGGCCAAGAAUAGGUUGGUCUUGCUAUGUUCUAGAUGUCGCUUGGUCAAUGGCCAAGCGCCUCCUGGGAUCAGGACGCCAGAAGAACUAGGCCGCUGGAGAUGCAGUGGUUGCGGUGCCUGGAACGGGGUGGAGAACGAAGGGAUGAAAGUGGUCAAGGAAAUUACCGGAGCCUCGAAAGCGGACACAGGCGAAGGCUGGGAGAAAAUCCCUAGGGCUUCUGAGAUUCAGGAGGAGCCUACCGAAGAGGUGCAUUCAGGCGUAGAAGGAACCACGGGACUCGAGGGAGUGGAUGAGACGGGGAUCAGCAAGCGAGUCACUCGCAGCACGGGUCAGAAAAGCUCUUUUGAGUCACUCGAAUGA